UUCGCGGGUACCUCGGCCGGGGUCUGCGGGAGAGGCCUGGAAAAGACAAUGGGCGCAUUCUCCAGGUUUCGCGCCUUGGGUGGGGACCCUCGGGAUAAUCUCCAAAGAACACUUUCCUAUCCCCUCCCCGGGUGAGCGACAUUGCCGCGUGGGUCAGGUACACGUCGCGUCGGUGACCCCGGCCAGGCUUUGUGGAGGGAUGGGGUUAGUGCUGCCCUCGCUGCGAAAAAAUGGAUUUUGUUUUGCCAGUUAUUAUGGUUACUGAUGUCGUCGCCAUCAUCCUCAUCCUCAUCCUCAUCAUCAUCCUUUUUAAUUAAAGUAAUCGUUCAGAAGCGAAGCGGCUUGUCCCUUUUAGCUUCUUUGGAGCGAUAACAAAGCAGCGCCGUUUCCCGCCCCCCCCCCCCCCCCGCUCUAUUUUUUUAAGUUGCUGAGCUUGGGGUUGGGAGAGAAAAUGGAGAGAGGGACGGACACACAGACUGUCAUAAAGCAAAAAUUAACCCAACCUAAGAUACGGGAAUGAGUGAAUUCUCCCUUCUUCCCACCCCUCCCCCCAUUUCGAUUAGAAGAGGAGAAAGAAAAUCUCCCGCAUUGGACUGAAACUGCAGGGAAGAAUUAUUCCUGUAUUUCUACCAAAGCUGGGGUAAAAAAAGAGUCCUUUGGAAUUAAUCCAAGGCUUCGAUGUGUAAUCAUAAACUGGACAAUUUAGGCAAAACAAAUUAAAACCCUUCGGAGGAAAAAAAAAAAGCAGCCUAAAUCUCACUACACUAUACCCUGGGAAGCAGUAUUGGAUUUGUGUUUAUCCUUCCUCCCUUUGCCUUGUUUAUUGCUGCAAGGAAUUACUAGAAUUCUCCUUUACUCUGCUAGUCUGAACGCUGAAAAAUUGAAAAUCAUUGUGUGGGGAUGGUUGAAAGGAAGACGGGGGCUGCCUGUGUCUCUUUCUUUCUUUCUUUCUUUCUUUCUUUCUUUCUUUCUUUCUUUCUCAAUAGGAAGAAAAGAGGGGACCUAGAUAGAUCAAGAUAUCUCUCCCUCCCCUCCCCCAUCCUCUUGGAUCAGUGCUGUUCUGACUCCAUUUCUCUGAGAAAGUAGCUUUUGGAAUUGGGUCCUGGUUUCGCUUUGGGCUAGAGGUGGAUAUGGAGAGAAUGGAGGCCUUGGAGGUUCUGCCCCACAGAUCAGGGUCUGAAGACUGGAAUCCCCUUUUCCAACACACAUUUCCCACCCACCCGUGCUAGGCGUUGUGGCUGCUGCUUGGGCCUGACCCGGGUUCCCAAGCCAGCCAACCGCAUAGACACGUCAGUGCUUAGAAAACAAACUCAGCUGGCCGCACUGAACCAGACAUCCCGGUUGGAGGGCCCGAAAAUGUUCUGGCAGUCUGUGGAGAGCUCGUUUUUUUGUUGUUGUUGGAACUGCCCAGGACCACACCGUGGCCUAACUGCUGGUCUCUCAGCGAGAGAGGGGGAAAGCAAAGACCCCAGUCCACAACUUGGACCUUGGCUCCCGCCCCUCUCCGGCGGAGUGGAGAUCCUAUUCAGAGGGGCCUGUCUCUCUAAAUAUGCCCCAGUCCUGGGUAAAAACACCUAGCUGGACUUAGCCCCCCAGGCCGCUCCCAUCAGUCCUGGUCCUGUGCUUGCUUCACAAGGCUCCUAACUCUGGGGCAGCUAUUUCUGGGUGGUGCAGGCUGCGUGUGCCUGGGCCGCUGGCAGGAAGAAGGCCCAGCCAUCCUGGCUAGUGCAGUCCCAACUCCGGUGGGCCUUGACCGGGGCCUGAGGCCUAGAGCGGAGCGCCGCUGGAACACUCCUCCACUCUGGUAGUAGCAGGGAAUAUGGUUCUGUUCUCGCGAAUGCAGCGCAGGCUUGGGGCUCCCCGGGGGGUUCGUUCGGGUGUGGGUGCAAUAUGAAGGGCAGGAAGCUAGCUCUUACCCCAGGUACCAGCGGAGGCUGUUUUCACAUGAGAAAUUUUCCCUGCCCGGAAUUGGGAGCUGCGGAGACCCCGUUGCUGCCCCCCAGGAGCUCCUGGGAUCCCUGCCUUGUUCAGACUCGAACGGAAACGUUGCGGCCAUCUGGCAACAGGAGAUGAGGAUCCGGUGUUGGGGGCUGCGAGCUGGUUCUGGGCCGCACAAAGACAGAGGAGUUGUAAUGGUCAAAAUAGUCUAGUGCGAUUCUGUUCAAAAGCUUCUCCCCAUUCCUUUGUCUUCCCCAAAUAAAAACAAAUGAACAAAGUAAAAAUCACUCGGGCUUUCCUUUCAGUAAUCUUAACCAAAGCCAAGUGAUUGGGGUUAGUCUCCUACAACCAGCGGUGCUUAUGAGUCUGCUGUUGGCUUCUUCUGGAGCAUGGACCCUUGGCAUGGGUGAUCCUGGUUGCAGAACAGCCUGCCGGGUUUUUCUAAGGUCCAGGGAUGGGCGGGGAGAGGUCGGCCACAGACCCUGGGGGCCAAUCAAAGGUUUCUCACGGGGAGCCUCCGAGAUACAGAUAUUUAUAGGCCUCUGGGGAGGGCAUUUGGGGCCAGAGUCAACUCAUCUGGAAUAUGUGCUCCUCUUGCCCCUUGGGGACCCGCGCCUACAUGAAGCCUCAGAAUUAAUCAGAGGGUAUAAAUGUGUCAUAAGGAGAGCUUGAACUCAGUCUGGUGAUUGCAGUGUGCACCGUUGGUCACUCUGAUUAGAAGCUGGGGCUGAAGCACGUGUCACCGGGCACACAACGGUGUGUGGGGACAGUAAGGAUGACGGAGCGGCCGCCGAGCGAGGCGGCCCGCAGUGACCCCCCGCUAGAGGGACGGGACGCGGCCGAGGCCCGCAUGGCCCCUCCGCACCUGGUCCUGCUGAACGGCGUCGCCAAGGAGACGAGCCGCGCGGCCCCCGCGGAGCCCCCGGUCAUCGAGCUGGGCGCGCGCGGCGGUCCGGGGGGCGGCCCCGCCGGUGGGGGCGGCGCCGCGCGGGACUUAAAGGGCCGCGACGCGGCGGCGGCGGCCGAAGCGCGCCAUCGGGUGCCCACCACCGAGCUGUGCAGACCUCCGGGGCCCGCGCCCGCCUCGGCCCCCGCGGAGCUGCCCGGCGACGGCCGCAUGGUGCAGCUGAGCCCACCCGCGCUGGCGGCCCCCGCCGCCCCCGGCCGCGCGCUGCUCUACAGCCUCAGCCAGCCGCUGGCCUCGCUCGGCAGUGGGUUCUUUGGGGAGCCAGAUGCCUUCCCUAUGUUCGCCACCAACAACCGAGUGAAGAGGAGGCCCUCCCCUUAUGAGAUGGAGAUUACUGAUGGUCCUCACACCAAAGUCGUGCGACGCAUCUUCACCAACAGCCGAGAAAGAUGGCGGCAGCAGAAUGUGAACGGGGCCUUUGCUGAGCUCCGCAAGCUGAUCCCCACACAUCCCCCAGACAAGAAGCUCAGCAAGAAUGAGAUCCUCCGCUUGGCCAUGAAGUACAUCAACUUCCUGGCCAAGCUGCUCAAUGACCAGGAGGAGGAGGGUACCCAACGGGCCAAGCCUGGCAAGGACCCCGUGGUGGGGGCUGGUGGAGGAGGCGGUGGGGGAGGGGGCGGUGCACCUGCAGACGACCUGCUGCAGGACGUGCUCUCCCCCAACUCCAGCUGUGGCAGCUCUCUGGAUGGGGCCGCCAGCCCGGACAGCUACACAGAAGAGCCGGCACCCAAGCACACGGCCCGCAGCCUCCAUCCUGCCAUGCUGCCAGCCGCUGAUGGAGCAGGUCCUCGGUGAUGGGGCCAGGGCCACUCAGGACCGGCCAGGAGGGCAGCCUCAGGCUGCUGGGACCGUGGGCUUCGGGGCAGGUGGGGUGAGGAUUGGGUAGCUCUGAAGCAGGGCAGUGGACUUGACGAGCCUUCCUUGAUGUCUGAACUUUGGGAAGUCCUAACUGCCCCGGCUGGCUUUCCUGUUUCCUGACUCAGUGGUAGAACAGAAAAAUGGAGCAAAGUGGUAGGUACUUUUUAUGAAGACGGCACGGUCUUCCCCUCCCCCAAAUCCCUAAGACUUUAAAGUAAAGAGCUCAACUGGCACUGCUUUUGGCCUGGAGCUUGGGACCCCCGUCUUUGCUGAGACUUGGGGUUGUCGGCUCUCCCCUGGGGCAUCCAGCAGCCUCUGCCUUGCCUUCAGCACCACCCCCCCACCCCAAGCUGGCUGGAGUGGCUUGUGUGGCCACUCUGUCCAAAUAUGUAGGUACCUGGUAGCUGCCCAUUUCUGGGUGAGCCCCAUCUUCACCCAGGCCCAUGUUGGUCCACCCAGCUUGCCAGCUGCCGCAGAGAGUCACAAGCCUCGAGGUGCCUUCUUCAGGGCCUGGUUGAAGAAGAUGGCCAGUGGACAGCCCGCUCUUGACUAGCUGGGCCAGAGGGUCAGAAAACCCAGUAGCCCUUACUCUUGCCCCAGGAUCAAAGCUCUGUUUUCUCCCCACUGAGACUUGCCUUCCUAAUCCUUGUGGCUGUGGGGACCGAGUCUGUAGCUGGGAGAGUGCCCUGUUGGGCCUCAUGUGAAGGCAGAGAGAGGGAAAGUGAUUAGAAUGAGUUGAGCAAGAGCUGUUUAGGGCUGUGGGUUCACAUCCCGAUGGUGUCUCAGAGCUUCCUGCCUGUAUUCUGAGCUCCCCAUCACUGUUUGUACGGUCAACGAAUGCCAGUGUGCCGAUGGGCAUGUGCUUGUGCUGACAGUGGAUGCACAGCCCCAUCUGUGUGUCCUCGCAGAUGCUCAGAGGGACCUUCUCACCCCCAGGAAGUCUGCUUGCUGAUGGUCUGGUCUGUGUUCUGAACUCAAUUGGGCACAAACCCUGUCCGAUGAAUUUCUGGCAUUUGGGAUUUUUGCUUGACUUCAGUUACUGGUGGGAUCUUUAGGUCUUGAUAGGACCCAGGCGCCAGCCCCCUUCUGGGGCAUGGGAAAUCCAGAGACCAGAGACCAGGCCCUGGCUGAGACCCAGACAUAUGCACAAUCACUUAGCAGAAUCUUCAACACCCCUCGGUUAUACAGCUUUCAGUCACCUAGGGUGUGUAUGGGAGGCUGGCUUACUGCAAUAAGAGUGUCCCCCUCCAAAAGUUGUACAUGAAAGUUUUGUAAAUCAAACCCUUAUCCUUCAUCUUUUAAAGAAUUACUACUGCAAGUCCUUUUGUAAAGUGAAGAAUUUUUUUGUAGAGUGGACCCACUGUCCUGUUGAUCUCUUGUGUCAAUCCACAUGGUGGGACAUGGUUUUCUUAAGGCCAGGCCUGCCUGUGACAUGCAUUCCAACCCCGUGGAACAAACUCCACCCAAGUCCUAUAUACCUGUCAUUGUACCCUCAAGUCACCGCAGCCAUCUCCCACCAGGCUCUGCCUUUGGGGUUAGAGGGAAAACAAUCCCUUGUGGUGAAGGACCUUGAGCACAGCCGAAUGCAGAUGGCAUGAUCCCUGCUCCCUCCCCUCCCUCUUAAGUUGUGGGGUCCAGUUUGUGAGUAAGGGGGGACCAUGGUAACCCUUAUAGUACCAUUCUCCAUCCAUUUAAGACCCCCAACAUCCUAUUUUGGUGAACUUAGGAUUGGUUUCUUUCCAGUACUUGGAAGCUCCUGUGAAGAAUCCCAUCUGUCUAAAGAUGGAGCCCCUGUCCUAGGUCCUAAGACUCUAUUUACCUCCUGGCAGAGUAAUUUGACUUGGGAUUGAAAAGUGGCCACAGUAUGGAUGAGUGGAGAUGAUUUAGGAAAUGAUCACACAUUCUAUCAGGAACUCAAGCUUCUGGCUUCCUCCUCUCUCAGACAAUAUGGAUGUUACCUCUCUCAAUGUCAGUUUCUCAUAAACACCCUGGUUUGGCCUGUCUCCUAGGGCUGUGGUGUAGACUGAGUGGAAUCAUGAAAGUAGCAUUUUGAAACCAGAAAGAACCCUUCUGCCCUCAAUAUCAUUGCUGCAGUGGGGUUUCUCACCCUGAGUGCAGGGCCUGGGCAGUGGGCCAGCCUGCCUGACUGCAUAGCAUUUGAGUAAUCUAGGUUCCAAACCACUUUUGCCUGGAUUAUCCUGAUUGUCCACAUUUCUCCAGAUUGACCUCAUUUUCGUUUCCUUCCAAGGGGAGGCACAGGAGUAAGAAUGGAAAAAGAUACGGGCGGAAUAUGUAAAACGUAAUACAGCUUCCCCAAACUGGCCUGGGUAGGGAAUGGUAAGGCUUCAUGUCUUUGCAAGACCUACAGAAGAUCCAAAAGUUUCAUUUUCAUGUCCAACUGCGCACCCCCCGCCCCACCCAGCAUACCCUUCCUUCUUCCUCUGCCUCACCUGUGAAGAGAUGGCAACAUUCCAAGAAUCAUAUUUCUGCAAAGGGAAGGAAUGUAAAGGAAAAAAAGUGUGGAGAAGAGAGAUGAUUGUAAUGACCGGAGGGAUUCACAUCUUUUCAGGAAAAUUCACAUGCUUUUAUUGGUGGUGGCAACGACAAGAUGGUACAACCUUUAUCCUAUUCCGAAAACAGAACAGAGGGCACAGCAUCUGUAGUCAGCUGACAACUAUCUUGGCCUUUGGGGCUGGUCUGGUCUCGUACUUGUGAUUUCGAUGGUACGUGGCCCCCACCAAAGGCUUGCCCUUGCCCCUGUACAUAGCGCGUUGUCCCUGUGGGCGGGCCCAGCACUUUCCGUCAAUGUUGUACUGUACGUGAUGAGUUGUGUUGGUCUCCGCGUUUUUCUGCAGAAGGGGAGUAACCGCUCCGGGUACCUUGACCUUUGUACAGCCGGGAGGCCAACACUGUGGGCGUGACUCUUUAGCGACAAAACCCUUGUGGUGAUGAUGUGUGUAUAUAUAUAAGGAUAUAUUGGGAAGAUUUCUAAAUAAAAGUUUUACAAAGGG